UGUUGCCGUAAACAGUCACAUGGAGGCAACAUGGCGAUGUCAGUUUCCUGCAGAUCAGUGUAGUUUUUGUGUCUUUGUUUCCUGCUUAGCAAGCGAUUGUUGACAUUUGUCCACUUUGUUGUGGUUUGUAGAGAAAGUAACACGAAUGUUGAAUUCGUGAAUGUUGUGGUGAAACAGGAGAGUUUAGUCCGGUUGUUGUCAGACACACACACACAGACACACAGGUUGUCGGAGCACAGGUGCAGUUUGUGUGUCUCUCUGUGUCUGUGUGUGUGUCUGCAUCAUGUUCGUGCUGGUGGAGAUGAUCGACACCGUCAGGAUCCCUCCCUGGAACUUCCAGCGACAACUGAACGCGGCCAUCGACGAGGAGCUCAACAAGAAACUGGCCAACAAGGUCGUCUAUAGCGUCGGUCUCUGCAUCUGCUUGUUCGACGUCAUCAAGCUGGAUGAUUCCUACAUCUUCCCUGGGGACGGGGCCUCACACACCAAAGUUCACUUCAGGUACGUGGUUUUUCACCCUUUCCUCGAUGAGAUCCUGGUCGGCAAGAUCAAGUACUGCAGUCAGGAGGGAGUUCACGUGACGAUGGGAUUCUUCGACGACAUCCUCAUUCCACCAGAGUCCCUUCAGCAGCCGGCCAAGUUUGAUGAAGCUGAGCAGGUUUGGCUUUGGGAGUACGAGACGGACGAGGGGGCCCACGACCUCUACAUGGACCAGGGAGAGGAGAUCCGCUUUCGUGUGACGGACGAGAUCUUCGUGGACACGUCGCCGACGGGUCCAUCGUCAGCGGAGCCCGAGUGCCCGCCUCAACCGGGAGAGGCCCCUCCAGCAGAAGAAGUGAAGAAAGAGGCACCGUACACUCUGAUUGGAACCAUCUGUGAGCCGGGCCUGGGCCUCCUGUCGUGGUGGAACAAUUAGCACGGGCAGAGGAAGGAGAGGACACCUGGUGUGUGUGAAAAAAAUGGACUCCUCUGAGAGACAAGGGACAUUCAGCUGGAGACACAGAACUCUGUCUGUCAGGAGACAUGAAGUGGAGGUGCUCUGAGCCGAGAUGCACCUGCACCGUGACCGUCACACUGAGACUGUUUAGUAAACACUGAGCUUCACGGUUAGUUGUGAAACAAAAUGUCACUGUCUCUGCUCAGGAGAUUGAGCUCAAUACUCAGUGUCCACUCUGCUACGGACACGUCUGGCGUCCACACGCUGGAGUGUUUGAGCCGAUGAGCUGUUAUUAAUUAACUUCCUGUUUACACCGAUGCUCACGUGCAGUCACAUGAUGAUCUAGGCUCUGAGGUUUCAAUGUGGACGUGGAUUAAACCUGAUAGAGCAAAAACGCUUGUGUGGACAGUUAUAGUUUAAAAAUUAGAGAAAUGAUGCAGUGACAUGUUUGUUGAUAUGAAAUGAUUUGAUAGAUGUCUGUGGCAUUUGAAUUUCAAAUGUAAUAUGGUUUCUUUUAAUGCAUAAUGGGUUUAAUGUUUUGUUCAUCACAUGUUUAUCAGCUUUGUAAUAUUUAGCAUUUGUCUUUUCAUCCCUCAGUAAAAACCGACGUGUCAUCAGCGUGAGUGGAUGUGA